AUGAGUAAUCAAAGAACAAUCAAUUGUCUUAAGGCACUACGUGAUUUAAGGUAUCAAUUAGAAUUGAAAGAUUCGAAAUUACCAACUUUAUCUAAAUGGAAAUUACAUAUUGUAUCAGAAAAUAAUUUCCCCACUGCUGCUGGAUUAGCUUCAUCAGCUGCUGGGUUUGCCGCCUUUGUUGUGGCUAUUGCUAAAUUGUAUCAAUUACCUCAAUCAAUGUCUGAAUUAUCAAAGAUUGCAAGACAAGGGUCUGGAUCUGCUUGUAGAUCAUUAUUCGGAGGGUUUGUCGCAUGGGAAAUGGGUCAAUUGGAAGAUGGUUCUGACUCCAUGGCUGUCCCGGUGAAUGAAUUGAACGAUUGGUCAUCAAUGAAAGCUAUUAUCUUGGUUGUAAGUGACUCGAAAAAGGAUACCUCCUCUACAAUGGGGAUGCAAUUGACUGUGAAGACAUCUGAUCUUUUCCAAGAACGUGUGAAAACUGUUGUUCCUAAGAGAUUUGUUCAAAUGAAAGAAGCCAUUAUUAACAAAGAUUUUGCAACAUUUGCAGAAUUGACUAUGAAGGAUUCUAAUUCUUUCCAUGCUACAUGUUUGGAUUCAUUCCCACCAAUCUUUUAUAUGAAUGACACCUCUAGGAAAAUUAUUAAAUUAUGUCAUAAGAUUAAUGAAUAUUACGGAGAGAGUGUGGUAGCUUAUACUUUUGACGCAGGUCCAAAUGCUGUACUAUAUUAUCUAGAAGAAAAUGAAAAUAAAUUAUUACCAUUUAUUUAUAAAUCAUUUAAUCAAGUUCCUGGAUGGGACUCCAAAUAUACAUCAAAUGAUUUACAAGAUUUCUUGAAGAAUUUCCAAGAGUCUAUAUUACCAAAAUUUGCUGAACAUAAUGAACUGGAUGAAGAAGUACAUAAAGGUGUUUCAAGAGUCAUAUUGAGUAGAGUUGGUGCUGGUCCUCAAUCAACUGAUAAAUGUUUAAUUGAUUCCUCUACUGGUUUACCCAAAUAA